AUGUCGUACUCGCUCUAUCAAUCUAUCUACAUUCAUCGUUCAUUCUGCCGAAUAACAAUUUCUGUCAGUCCCAGUUAUCUCACACCUCAGGUAAACAGCUUCAGUUAUUUACGCCCCUUGAACCCCGACCCUACCCUACAACUCGUUUCAAUAUUAUCAAACUGUUUUGAUUUUUCUCUUUCAUCCACCGGCAUUCGUCCAUUCUCCAACAUUCAAACGGACAAUCCGACUCUUUGCUCACUGCAAUGUUUAAUCAUUUCCUCAUUGUUAUCUCUGACGUUCUUUCUUUCUUUUUUCUUUCUUUCUGACUUUCUUUCUUUUUUCUUUCUUUCUUUCUACUUACUUUUUCUUUCUUGCUUAUUCUUUCUUUUUUCAUUCACUCUUUCUUUCUUUUUUCUUUCACUCUUUCUUUCCUUCUUUCAUUCUUUCUUUCUUUCAUUUUUUCUUUCUUUCAUUUUUUCUUUUUCUCGCUUUCUAUCCUUCUUUCUUUCUCUCUUUCUUCCUCUCUUUCUUUCUUCCUCUUUUUCUCUCUUCCUUUCUCUUUUACUUUCUUUUUUUCUUUUUACUCAAUUUUAUUGA